UUGGUUCAUCGGUUUUUACAGUCUAUAUAUUGCAGAAAUGGUUGUUUUCACAAAUUCGAUGUUCUGUUCAAUUCCGACAUGGAAACUGGGAAACCCAUCAAAGAUUAAGCAUAAUUCUAGUACAGCUAUACUCAAGAGCCCGACUUUAACAAGCUGUCAAGCCAAAAGAUGCUGUGAUUGUUAUGAUAUGUACAAAGAGUUAGUUCCAUAUGCUAAAGCGUGGUCCUGGCAAAAGACUAUUGUCGAUGAGAGGAAAGCACAAAUUGAAAGGGAUGAGGAUCUUGCUGACACACUCAUUGUGUUGCAGCAUCAGCCGGUUUAUACGUUGGGUACUGGUAGCUCUGAAGAGAAUAUACUUUUUGAUGUAAAGAAUGCUCCUUUUGAAUUGUAUCGAACAGAACGUGGUGGUGAAGUUACUUAUCAUGGCCCUGGUCAGCUAGUUAUGUACCCCAUCAUCAAUCUUCGAUAUCAUAAGAUGGAUCUUCAUUGGUACCUCAGGAGCCUUGAGGAGGUGAUUAUACGAGUUCUUUCUUCAUCAUUUUCUAUAGAGGCUUCAAGAAUUGAUGGCCUAACCGGUGUUUGGGUUGGGGGGCGGAAAUUAGCUGCAAUUGGCAUUCGAGUAUCUCACUGGGUCACAUAUCAUGGCCUGGCACUGAAUGUCACCACAGAUCUGUCACCCUUUCAACAGAUAGUUCCAUGUGGGAUUCGUGACCGUCAAGUUGGAAGCAUAAAAGGAUUGCUGAAGGAGCACUCCCACUCUAAUGGCCGUGGUACAGAAAACCAUCAGGACAUUGAUGAUGUCCAACUUAUUGAUAUUACUCAUAAAUCUUUAGUCAAGGAGUUUUGUGAAGUUUUUCAAGUUGAUCUCCAAUGUAACCCUUCACCUCUUUUAAUUUCUUGAGAAAAUCCUUCUCCUGGCUUGAUUAGGUUA